AUGGCCGAUCAAAUAUCCGACGACUAUGCGGAGAACCUUGAUCCCGAAAUCUACGCUAACAAUCCGGCGUACAGCUCUCUCUUUAACCCAUAUAUUCACAAGCAAACCAUCAUCGCCGAUCAUGUCUCGGUCCAAUGCCAUAUAGACCUCAAUGGGAUUGAUGCUGUCGGUUCGAAGUUCGGCAAUCUAAAUGCACAUGCUGAUGAAACGGAUAAUGCUGCAGAUCAAGAGUCUUUGUCCCUCGAAAACGAGAUGCUUCACCAGGCUAUUAAUCAAAGCGGCAUGACUUCUGUAUCGACUCGAAUUUCACCAAAAGCACAACGCAAAGCCGAGGUCCAGGCCAAGAUCGCGGCCGAGUACUUGCGUCUUGACCCCGUUUUCGGCGAAUGGUUCCUUAAUGCUUGGCAAACAUUCACUGCGUCAGUACAAGACGUGAGGAGUCUUGAAUUUCCUACUCUGGAUGACUACUUGGCGUUCAGAAUAGUUGAUGCAGCAGCAGACUGGACCCUCUAUAAUUUUCGAUGGGGAUCAGGCAUCACUCUCACUGCCGACGAAGAGAAAAUUGCCGACCCCAUGAGCUACAUCGCUUAUGCAGAACUUUGCCUGGUAAACGACUUGUUCUCUUGGGACAAAGAAUAUGCCGCUCAUGUCAAAAGCCAUGGGGACGUGCCUUUGGUUAACGCAGUACAUAUUGUUGCAGUUACACAGGGUCUGACGCACUGCGCGGCAAAGGCAGUUGUUCAGGCUGAGAUCCGAGCACACGAAGAGCGAUUUUGUUUUUUGAAAGAACAAUACGAGGCUACAUCUAGCCCAUCAGAGUCAAUUCUUCGCUGGUUAAGGCUGCUCGAGCACUCAAUGGCUGGAAACUGGGUUUGGAGUCUGUGUGUUCCUCGUUACUUCAAGGUUGACCGGAAUCCUUAUACGGAUCACCUUGCAAAGUUUGGCAGUGACGCCGUGCGAGUUCUCACACCCAAAAUGGAGCAUAAACACGACAUUCAAGACAAUCAUCAGGUCUUGCUGAAAGAUCCCAGCCGAAAUGAAAUGCGUAACCUACAACUUGGACAGGGACGCGAUCUCCACUGGAGUUAUCACACGCAUGUACCAACCCCUGCACAGUAUACCAGCAUGGUUGAUGGCAAAACUGGUGGCUUGUUCCGGCUUAUCAGCCGCUUGAUGAGAUCAGAGGCGACGAUGAAUAGUGACUUAGAUAUAAGUCAGUUCGUAACCUUGCUUGGAAGACACUUCCAAAUCCGAGAUGAUUACCAGAACCUUCAAAGCGAAGAUUACACUAAAAACAAGGGCUUUUGCGAUGAUCUCGACGAAGGAAAAUUAUCUUUCCCGGUUAUCUUAUCAAUGCAACCACCAGGCUUCUCCAACACAGCGUUGACAAGCGUGUUUAAGGGUUCCCGGAAGGGCGAAAUCUUGUCACCGGAGAUGAAACAGUACGUGCUAGAGGAGAUCACUGCUCGGGGAGCUUUUACCGAAACGAAAGCUGUAUUGAGAAAAUUGCAUGUUGAACUGCUACGCCUCCUCGUGGAGACUGAAAAGCUAGCCGGUGGUAUCGAAAACUGGGCGCUACGAUUGCUGAUCAUGAAGCUUGAUCUCGGCGAUGAGAUGAAAAAGAUCGCACACAAGAGUGAACCUGCCUGGAAGAUCAACCAGCGACGGGCAUGGAAAGGAGGUCAGAAGAAUGGGCGGCCUAUUGACAAGGCUUGCUUUUUGAGGGCUAUGGAAGAGGCGACUCAGUGCGAAGACAUCUAG